CUCGACUUUCGUACGUGUAACAGGUUGUAACAUUGUUUCUCGUUCAUUGUUUUGCCAAGUGACGGCACUUUGAAGGAAUUCACCGUUCAAACAAACCGAGAUCCAUACUUCGGCUGCUCUCCGAGUCGUUCGCAACAUUUCUUUUUUGAGAGAUUAACCGAAACUUUGUGAACUUUUCCUCAUUUUCAAUUCAACUUGUAACCAGUGAUCAGUAGCACAACUGAUACCGUGAUAGUGGUAUUCGCAGUGUAUAGACAAAGCAUCUGCAUAUUUAGUUUUUCGGCGAGAACAUUCUGUAAAAAAGUAGGACGUCCGGCUUUAUAUAGCGUUUGAUGGACUAUUAAGUUGAUAUAUACGUUGGUUACCAAUAAUGGAGCCGGUAGUAACUGUGAGACAGGGAAGAUUGAAGGGUUGCGUCCAGAAGAGUACCGUAGGGACCAAGUACCUAGCUUUUUUUGGGAUACCUUAUGCAACCCCACCUGUUGGUGACCUCAGAUUUAAGGAUCCAAAACCGCCUGAAAGAUGGCAAGGCAUAAAGGACUGCAUGAGACGCGGUGUAAAUGUGUGUCCGCAAAGAUUAGAGUUUCCGCCCUACGAAAUUAUUGGCAGUGAGAAUUGCCUGUUUCUGAAUGUUUACACAAAUUCCCUUUCCUCGAAGAAGCCAGUAAUGUUCUGGAUCCAUGGCGGUUCGUUCAUUGGAGGAGCCGGAAGCUUUGCGACUUGGGGGCCUGAUUACUUCAUGCCAAAGAACGUCGUCGUUGUUUCACCGAAUUAUAGAGUGGGAGCACUUGGUUUCUUAAAUUUGGGUCUGAAGGAUGCGGCUGGCAAUAUGGGCUUGAAGGAUUUGAUUCAAGCUUUGAAAUGGGUUAAAGCGAAUGCCGCAACGUUCGGCGGAGACCCGAAUAAUAUUACUGUGUUUGGGUUCAGCGCUGGUGCAGUAUUGGGUCAUGCCAUGGCAAUAUCGCCGCUAUCGCAAGGACUUUUCCACAAACUGAUCUUACAAAGCGGAGGAAUAACGGUCCCAUGGGGUCACGACAACGAUCGCAAGAGCUUCAAACUUGCGUCGAUCCUCGGAUUGGACACCACCAAUCCAGUGAAAAUAUUAGAGUAUAUGAAAAAACUUUCCAUAGCGGACAUCGUUAAGGCUCAAGAUUCCAUCCUUUCGUGCCCGGAGGCUGGCAUGUAUCAAGUUUGCUUCGGACUCACCAACGACACAGCAUCCGAGAAUCCGACGUUCCCGUUACCGAUAGAACAAUUGAUUCCUAACGACUCUAAAAUCCCCAUAAUCGUAGGACACGUGUCGCACGAAUUCAUCAUGUUAUUAAAAGAGAAAACUAAACAGAGUUUCGAUAGUUUCAACAAGUAUCUUCCACAUUAUUUGGAGGCGAUAGGGUCGCUUAGGAACUUAGGGCCCGAGGAAAUGAAACAAUUAACAGAGGCUGUGAAGAAAAGGUAUUUCAAGGAGCUUCCGGCCGAUCAAGAUCAGUUGCAAGAAGUGUUGGAAUUCGGAACUGAUGCUUAUUUUGUUCUUCCUUUGCGGGUAUAUGUGGAGGAUCGACUGAAAAGAACAUCGACGCCCACAUACUUUUAUAAUUUUUCCUACUAUGGCAAUCAGAAAACACAUACGGAUUUUAUAUUGAAGCGAUACACUGAUGGACCCACUCACAGUGAUGAUCUGGCUUAUUUGUUCAACUUGCAAUCCUGUAAACGCAAAGACGAGCCGGCGCCUGCAAGAGGCACUACAGACCGAGCCGUAAUGGAGUGUUACACUACAAUGUGGGCAAACUUCGCUAAAACUGGAAACCCCACGCCAGUCCUCAAUGACGUUGUCACUGUCGCUUGGGAGCCCGCGACAGAGGAGAAGUUUAAUUGCUUAGAAAUCAAUGCACAAUGCAAAUUAGUAGAACUGCAGCCGCACAUUCUCGAUUCCAUCUAA